UCCGUUUCCACUAAUAUAGCAACACUGUGUAGAAAUUAAGCUUGACAAGCCACCAGAAUGAAUAUUGAAAGAGAAGCUUCACUGUUAUCGUAUGUAAAAGUGAACUCAACAAAGUCAAUUAUAAGGGUAUUACUACUAGCAGUAAUUCAAGUAGCAGAAUUCGUUGGUUUCAUACUUCUCCUGCAUCUGUUACCAGAUUUCAGAGGGAAUUUGGAAUCACAUAAAUUUAUAGCAUUUCUGGUAAUGGGUUUAGCCAUUCUUCUAACACUGUCAUUCAUUUUCUCGAAGAAACUUUAUGGGACAUUUCCACUGAAUACCAUUUUGCUGAUAAUAAAUGCAGCUUUAUUAAGUGCUGGUUUCGGAUCAUUUAUGUACAUAGACAGUUUACCAUGGACCUGUGGAUUUUUAGCCGGCGAUUUCGUUUUCGUGUGUAUAUUUCUUGCCGUUGGAAGCAGAAUUAGAUUUUUCAGUACAAUUUUAGUGUGUAUUCUAACAGUUUUGUUGGCAAUUGCAGUCGUAGCAUUUUCAGUUAUUGCUGCAACAAAGAAGAUUCCAUGGAUCGAUGAGAAAACCAUUUAUUCAUCAAUGUUUAUUUUGUCAUUUAUGCUUCUUUUAGUCGAAGGUAACAACAUGUCCACAGAAGAAAAUACAUACGCAUUGUUAGCUUUAUUGAUAUUUGUCACCUAUAUGAUGAUCUACUAUUCAGUAUAUUUAUUUACAUUGAAAUAUUUUAAGUAA